AUGGGCAAACGAAGGAGAAAUGAAGAUGAAGAGGACUAUGCGGUAUGUUUAAGUUUUAUUUUUCAAACAAAUGUCUAAUAUUUUCAGGAGAAACAAUAUGAAAAUGGUUUUGAUUCAAUAAACAAUGAUGAUGAUUCAAGGUAUCGUGUUUAUCUCAUAAAGAAACCAGUAGAAAUUAGUUUGGAAGAGUUGCAUGCGUUGAAAUGGUCUGGAGAUGAUGAAGUGUUAUCGAAGCCGAGGAUCAAAACUGAUUCUGGAACAUAUCGAACUGUUGUUUCAUCGAAAAUCAAGAAAAGGAAAAUGGUGCAUGUUCCAGCAGUGAGAGAAGUUACGAAACAAGAUUCGAAAAAUAUAAAAGCGUGUAUGUUUUUUUGGCAAGAAAUUUUUAAGAUAUCUAGAUUUCAUAAUCUUAUACAACAUAAUAUUUAUAUAAAUAUUUUACAGCAGCUCCUGUGGAAGGAAUGAUACAAAUUCUUCCAAAAGAGGUUAAAACCAAACAUUUAGGAGGAUCUAUUUAUGAAGAAGGCGAGGAACCAGAAGAAGAUGCUGUAAUUCAUCCACUUUUGAAACAAAUUAAGAAAACUGCCGUAUUAGAUCUCUCAACGCGAAUUGAACGAAACAAAUCAUACGGGAUCAAAAAAUAG